GACGCCUCCGGCACCAUGGGUGGUGCGUGUGGGUACGGAAAUUUGUACAGCCAAGGCUACGGCGUGAACACGGCAGCAUUGAGCACUGCGCUGUUCAACAAUGGGCUGAGCUGUGGUGCCUGUUUUGAGAUCAAAUGCGACGCGGCGCAGGACGCCAAGUGGUGCAACCCGGGCAACCCCUCCAUUCUCAUUACUGCUACUAACUUCUGCCCACCGAACUACGCGCUGCCGAAUGACAAUGGCGGGUGGUGCAACCCUCCUAGGCCACAUUUUGACCUCGCCAUGCCUAUGUUCCUCAAGAUUGCGGAGUACCGCGCCGGCAUCGUCCCCGUUAACUACCGCCGGGUGCCGUGCAGAAAGCAAGGAGGGAUCAGAUUCACAAUCAACGGCUUCCGCUACUUCAACCUAGUUCUGGUCACCAACGUCGCCGGCGCAGGAGAUAUCGUGCGAGUGAGCAUCAAAGGAACAAACACACAGUGGAUGCUCAUGAGCCGCAACUGGGGGCAAAACUGGCAAUCCAAUGCCGUUCUCGUAGGACAAGCUCUGUCUUUCAGGGUCACCGGCAGCGAUCGCCGCACUUCCACUUCCAUGAACGUGGCGCCAGCUGAUUGGCAGUUCGGCCAGACUUUCACCGGCAAAAAUUUCAGGGUCUAGUGUGCAAAUUAAAAUUGGUACUCACUUUUCAGUUUAUUUCUCUUUUUUCUUGGGAAAGAAAUUGAAAGCAGAGUAGGAAGAUUGGUGUAGGGUUAGAGAAAGUACGGGUGUGUGCUUCUUUACUUUUACUUUUUUUUUUUAACUGUGGUGUUUGCGGUAGGCGCUGGUAAUGGUAAGUGAAAAGAGCCAGCAAAGGGUAAAAAAAAAACAAGUGUGUGGAAAGCUGAAGCGGCUGCAGGAGUAAAAGGGAAAUAGAUGUAGCCCGCAGCUUCAAUUUAUUAUGUAAUAAUAUAUUACUAUAUUAUAUUAUAUUAUAGUGAAA